UGCUCAGCCCGGGCGCCUUUUCCUGGGCGCCGGCCGCCGGCGUCCCUGCUCGCCCCGCCGGGGGAUGGGGCCUUGCGCCGGCCUGGGCCGCCCCUCGUGGGGCCCCCGGGGCGACUCGGCGCCCCCGUGACCCCCCGGCCCGCCCAGCGCUGCGGCCCCCAGGAUGAAGGGCGGCGAGGGGGACGCGGGCGAACAGGCCCCGCUGAACCCGGAGGCCGAGAGCCCCGCGGGCUCGGCCACGUACCGAGAGUUCGUGCACCGCGGCUACCUGGACCUUAUGGGGGCCAGUCAGCACUCGCUGCGGGCGCUCAGCUGGCGCCGCCUCUACCUCAGCCGGGCCAAGCUCAAAGCCUCCAGCCGCACGUCCGCCCUGCUCUCGGGCUUCGCCAUGGUGGCCAUGGUGGAGGUGCAGCUGGAGAGCGGCCACGAGUACCCGCCAGGCCUGCUGGUGGCCUUCAGCGCCUGCACCACCGUUCUCGUCGCUGUGCACCUCUUUGCGCUCAUGGUCUCCACGUGUCUGCUGCCCCACAUAGAAGCCGUUAGCAACAUCCACAACCUCAACUCUGUCCACCAGUCGCCGCACCAGCGACUGCACCGUUACGUGGAGCUGGCCUGGGGCUUCUCCACUGCCUUGGGCACCUUCCUCUUCCUCGCUGAAGUUGUCCUGGUGGGCUGGGUCAAGUUUGUGCCCAUUGGGACACCCUUGGGCCCACCAGCCUCCGUGGUACCGGCCUCCCAGGUGCCUGGGACUCUGUUACCACUGACUACCUCCCUCCGUCCAGCUUCUAAGCCCUCGUCUACUUCCGUAGCUCCGUCGCAGUCGGAGCCGCCUGAGGCCUGCCCACCCCGGCAAGCAUGCGUUGCUGGAGGGGCCCACGGUCCUGGCUGGCAAGCGGCCAUGGCCUCCACGGCAAUCAUGGUACCGGUGGGGCUUGUGUUCGUAGCCUUCGCCCUGCAUUUCUACCGCUCCUUGGUGGCACACAAGACCGACCGCCACAAGCAGGAGCUAGAGGAGCUGAGUCGCCUGCAGGGGGAGCUGCAGGCGGUGUGAGGCUGCCGUGCGCCCCCCG